CUUGACCCAGUGCCCUUGCAAAGCAUCUCUGUGGAUGUGGUGGUCCACGGCUUCGUGGCUGAUGUAGCUUCUGAGCUUCGGUAUAAGAAUGAAGAAGAGAACCCCGUGGAGGCUGUCUUUGUCUUCCCUCUAGAUGGUGAAGCAGCUGUCUAUGCCUUUGAGGGCCUGAUGGGUGGGACACGGAUUGAAGCCCAAAUCCGAGAAAAGAAACAGGCACAGCAGAAAUACGAUGAUGCCUUGAGUGAAGGAUGGGAAGCCUUCCUGCUUGACAGGGAUACAAAUACCAGUGACGUUUUCAUGUGCAACCUGGGUAACCUUCCUCCCAAAGGGGAGACCACGCUGAAGCUGCGCUAUAUCCAGGCAUUGGCUCCAGAGCCUGAUGGGGCUGUCUGUUUUGUCCUGCCUGCUGUGCUGAACCCACGCUAUGUACCCCCGGGAUCAGAAGGGGGCACAGUCACUGAACAGAUACCACUAGUUCCCAAAGGAAAGCUUCCAUAUACGCUCAGCCUCCGUGCCACGCUGGAGUCCUCCCUUGUCAUCAACCGGGUGGAAUCCAAAUGCGCCCUUGAACCCCUUCGCUACACAGCAGAAAACCAUACUGCUGCCCAGGUCUCCUUGGCUGAAGGGCACCAAUUUGACCAAGAUGUAGAGCUGCUGAUUUAUUAUGAGGAAGUUCACAAGCCCAGUGCAGUCCUCGAGGCUGGGAAGCCAGGAGCUGCGUCAGGAUCCUUGAUGGGGGACCCAGCCCUUCUGCUUACCCUCUACCCCAGCUUGAACUAUGACCCCAAGCCAGGCCUGAAUGCCACUGGGGAGUUCAUCUUCUUGCUGGAUCGCUCUGGCAGCAUGGACUGGAGAAUGGAUAACAGAAGUUGCUAUUCACCAACACGUAUUCAGAGUGCCAAGGAGACCCUGAUUCUCCUCCUGAAGAGCCUCCCUCUGGGAUGCUUCUUCAACAUCUAUGGCUUUGGAUCCCGCUGUGACUCAUUUUACCCGCAGAGCGUAGAGUACACCCAGGAGACCAUGUCAGAGUCUCUCCAACGUGUGAAGAAGCUGCGGGCUGACUUGGGGGGCACAAGGAUUCUGAAACCACUGAAGGCCAUUUACAGUCAGCCAUGCCGAGAAGGACAUCCUCGUCAGCUGUUUGUGUUCACAGAUGGAGAGGUUUCUAACACUAAUGAAGUAAUUGCGGAAGUUCAGUGUCACAGCAACUCCCACAGGUGCUUCUCCUUCGGCAUUGGCGAAGGGUCCUCCACAGCCCUCAUCAAAGGCAUUGCUCGAGCAGCUGGAGGCAGUGCUGAAUUCAUCACGGGCAAGGAGCGCAUGCAAGCCAAGGCCUUGCAGUCUUUGAAGAAAGCCCUGCAGCCAGCAGUAACAGGAAUCUCUGUGCAUUGGGAUUUGCCUUCCGGUCUUGAGGCUGUGCUUGUGGGGUCCGGCCCACAGGUCAUAUUUGAAGGGCAGCGCAGCCUCAUCUACGCCCAGAUCCAUGGGCAGCAUCAGGCAAGCAACCUCCACCAAGGCCCCAAAGCUUUCCUUCUGCUCUGCCAAUUUUUUUGUUCUCUGCAGUCCUCAGGUGCCUUAGAGGGGUCGGCUGUGCUUCAGUACAACAUCCAAGGCCAGACUUUCACGGAGACAAUGAAGUUUCCCCUUCAAGCUCAGGAGAGUGACAGGCUCCCUGUUCAUCGACUGGCAGCUCGAGCCCUGUUGCAGGACCUGGAGGGCACUGGAGAGAAGGAUGAAGAAAAACAGUGCCUGGCUCUGGAGACGAGCCUGAGUUCCGGGGUGAUAUGUUCCCUGACGGCCUACAUCGGGGUGAACACAGAGAUGAGCCAGCCAGUGCAAGGCCCCAUUAUCCACAGAGCUCUCCCACCUCCAGGGCAACUGUAUUUAUAUAACCCAGGGGGGGAAGAUCCCACCCCCAAGAAAAAGGAAUCCCCUCUCCUGAGGCUGGUCUCCCUGCAGAAUGCAGAGGGCUCCUGGAGCCUCGAUUCCAGCCUGGCCAGUCUGCUGGGCCUGAGUGAGGCAAAGAUCACGAGCAAAACACCUGAACAGGUGGCCCCCAAUGUGUGGGCAACUGUGCUGGCCAUCCUAUGGCUCCACUCCAACGCUGCAAAGCAGAGGGAUGAAUGGGAGCUGCUGGAAGCGAAAGCGCUCGACUGGCUUCAAGCAACUGCAGGGUCUCAGCUAGCGGACUGCGUGAAGACUGGCAAUGCAGUGCUGGGCAGCAGCGUGAGCCCCCAGACUCUGGGUCUCUGAGCUCCUCUCUGUUCCCUUGUGCCUUUGCUCCUCCUUCUCAUCCUGCCCAUGUGUAACCAGCUUCAUUAUCGUGCCUGAGAGCCUCUCUUACCAGUGUGCUGGGGCUCCACCGUGCCUGAAAGUUGCUUGGACAGUCGUUCAUUAUCGUGCCUGAGAGCCUCUCUUACCAGUGUGCUGGGGCUCCACCGUGCCUGAAAGUUGCUCCUCUUUCCUCUGCCACGAAGGUGCCUUAUGGUCCUGAGUCCCCUAUCCCAGCACGUGCAGUGUGGUAGGUUCAGUAGUCAAGCUCUGCCCUUUAUAAACUCUGUAGUUGUAAAUGCUUCCCAUUGGUAUAAUAUGGAGAAUAAAUAUUAAAGUGAAUUGUACUGCUGCUAAGAGGGUGUGAUGACAAGCUGUGAUGGACUCUUCCCUUGAGUUAGGGAUUUUGGCAAUUAGUAGGCAUCCCUUCGGGAUGUGAAAAACCUCUACCUGAAACCUCGGAGAGCCACUGCCUGUCUGAGUAGACCUUGCCAGUGGUCUGAUUGAGUAUGAGCCAUCUUCAUGUAUGCGUAUGAUGUUUUUAAACCACACACACAGGAUAGAUGCCCCUGGAAGUCAGGAUUUUUUAAAAAAAUUUGAAAUACCAAGGAAGGUAUUGUUGGAUGUUCAGAGGUUAGAAGAAACCUACUUGCUCCUCAAGAGUUAUAAAGGGGUGCAAUUUCUUUUAGGUCAAAGGUCUUACUCUUAAACUUCAAAGGGGCCCUCAAAUGCUUCACUGCCCCAAAUUUAGAGUGCUACAGUGAGAUGGGCCCAGAGGACAGAUAAAUAUACAGACAGACCUGAUGAGAUUGGAGGACAAGCUGUGAUGAAAUCUCCCUGGAGUGAAGAUUUUGGCAAUUAGUAGGUAUCCCUCAGGGGUCAUUCGUAUCUUGGGAAGAAGGGUCAUACAAAUCCUGAGAAUGAGAAUUUAAAGCAGGUCUCAGUUCCGUGAUGGUAAUAAUAAGAUAAUUGAGUUUGAACAACACUGAAUUUAACUGUUCAAAAAUACCCUCCAAUGUUCUAGCACACAAAAGUGAGACUUCUGUGACCUGUUUAAACAUUGUAACUGAACUUCUUCUCAAUUGCACCAUACAGUUCAAAACCCAUACUAGUAUCGGGGCAAUCAGUGGCAAGAGGCUUUUCUAGGGGAGCUAUAGCUGGAAAUGUAGAAGCAAAGGGAGCCAUCCAACAUGAAAACUUUGUGCCCCAGGAGGUUAAUAGGAGCCGGAAAGGAGUUAAUUUUGCUCUGCUUAGAGAGCCAAGAAGGUAGUGAAUCAGCUGGCCGUUGUAGGCACUUUCGGGCAACGGGGUCCCCAUAGCUUCAAAACCCAACUAGAAACCUAGCUAGAAAAGACUUAAACCCCCACCCCCCAAAAAAGGUUAUGGAUAAUAGUAGGUUACAGGUAAUACCAUAAGACAACAGGUUAUGCUGUGCAAGAUGAUUCCCCAAUUAAUAACUGUCUCCUUAGGAAAUAAAGAAGAGAGACAGUAAGAGCAAUUGGAGAAGAAACAGUCACUGGAGACGAGUGAAUGCCAGUGCCUUUCUGCACUCGCAAGGACCCAUCCAAUACAGUCCAGUGGCCGUGCUGUGGGUGUAGGUUUAUCAAAUGUUUGCUUUCAUGGCAGGGUGACUGAAUAUCUUAUAAAAUGGGCUGACAGGUUUUGAUUUGCCAGAGCUGUGUCGUGAGUGGCACAGGUGCACAAAUGUAGCCUAUAAAUGAGGGCAAUCCAGCUAAUGGCGUCAAGGCUAGGGGCUACACUUCACCCUGCACAGCGAUGGUUCCAGAUGGUACCACAUGGAACAGUAAGUAGACUUCCAAAACUCUCAGGCUGCUGUAAGGUAACACCACCUCCCAAAAAAUUGCCAUUAAACAUCGGCUGUAGGUCUGUGCCUGUUGUCCAGGAAGCUAGCAAAACAAUGUAUAAAGCUGAUGUUUAGAGGCUUACACAGGCCAACCGCAGAUUGUGACUUUCAGCCAAUGGCAGCUUUGAUUCCUCCGCUACACCAGAGAACUCUUUAAAAGUUCAAAGCUUUCAGGAAAAACUUAGAGGAAUGCAGAACACAAGAAAAACUGAAUAAGUGAAGGCUGUCCAGUUAAUGGCAUCUGGCUGAUAGCUUCUCCGCUUCCAAACACUCGGCAACAAGUUCUUAGAAAUCCCAGGACUUGGAAUGAUAACAGCAGACACCCAGAAGGACUAGAAAAAGGAUUUAGCAAGCUGGAUGUAGUUUGUAUCUUAUUAAUAUCUUGUAAAUGCGGAGCUUGAGUAAAAGCAUCCCUCAUCUUCCCCAGCCUCCGGUUAAUGGGGGCCAUCCUAAAAUUCUGCCGCACUAAAGUGGGCUUCCUGAUCCCACCGUAAAACUUCCAGAGCAAGGUAACUGCCCAACUCCUAGAGGUAUGGGGUUGGAAUGUUGCCAUGGUUGUGAACCCAGAGAGGAGUCAAAACCUUUUCCUGAAAUGGAUCCUGGUACUACUCCCAGAUGCUCCAGCUGCCUUGAUGAGAGCUGAACUAGACCUUCCAUCUAUUCAGGCACAUGUGCACAUAGCCCUAGUUAACUACUGGCACAAAUUGAAGAGUGUUCCAGUUAGUCUUCUCUCUAGCAUUUAUAUCACUCUAUUUCAGAAAGGUUCUGCGUGAUCCACCAAUUACAAUAAAAUAUUCCAUCUGUAUAAAAUGCCAGAUGUUGUUUGUGGUGCCAGCCAGGCCAAUUUCAGUUGCCAGGCCUGGGUAUGCAUGCAUGACACUGCUGCUGAUAGGCAAGUUAUUUCAGGUACUAAAUUCUCUCCCUAGUUUAAAUUAAACGGGAUCAUUCUAGGGCACACUAUCUGUCCAAGAUUACCCUUUACAAAUUUUUCUUAGCCUUCACAUCUAUUUGUUUUCAAACAAUGAAAACUGCCAGGCUUGUAGAAAACUAUACACAAAAACUAGUCAGUCAAAAUCUAUGCAUUUGCAGAGCCUUACAACUAGAAGAUCUAUGCCAUUACUUGUUGGCCUGUCUGCUUUAUGUAGCUUUUUCCAGGCAAAAAAUUUUUUUCUUAGACACUAUUCUGGCUAGCUUAGGCCCCAGCACGGCAAUGGAGAAAGUUUUGUUUCUCCUCUCUCUCCUACAAAGUUGCCCUUUUGCCUUAGCAUCCAAAGACUAGGCCAGCAAAAUGUUAUUCUUUUCCAAAGCCUGCUGGAUGAAUAGCCAAAAAGCUACUUUUAUUAAAUGAAUUGUAAUUGUUACAGAAAUGUAACUUUUAGCAGUUUUUGGUAGCAAUCUUUUGGCUUGCUGCCACAAGGGCCAGGUCCUUUUCAGUGGCGGCUCCUAUCUGGUGGAAUGAGCGAG